UAGAGACGAUGACGGACGCCUCCAGGCUGAAAGGCACCAUCUAUGUGGGCGGGCUGGACCAGGCGGUCACCGCCAGGACGCUGAGUGAAGCAUUUAUCCCCUUUGGCGAGAUAGUUGAUAUCUCGCUCCCCAAGCCAGAGCUGCCUUCGUCUACGGACCUGCACCGGGGGUUUGGAUAUAUCGAGUUCGAACUACCUCAGGAUGCAAAGGAGGCGAUCGACAACAUGGACCAGAGCGAGCUUUACGGACGAACUAUCAAAGUUGCAGCAGCGAAGCCACAGAAGGAGAGCAACGAGGGACUAGGGAGUAAAACAGCUAUCUGGGAACAGGAGGGAUAUCUGGCCAAACAUGCAGUCAGCGAGGAAGACCGCAUGGCCACUGGAGAAGCUGGAGAAACUGGCACAAGCAACAACCGGCCUGAGGAUCCAAUGCAGGGCCUAGAGGGACUAGACGUUGCAGGUCCGAAGCCAGCAUAGAAAAGGUUCAGAAAGGCCGUCCGAAGAAGAAAACGGAAGACUAGGACUUGAUAUUUCCAGCACUUGCGCAAACUGUGCUGAAUUAUCUCAUAUAUGUACAAAGACCGCCACC